AUGGCGGCCCUCGGCUUAGGGGGGUUCAACGUCCCCGCCCGCAGGAAGAGCGGCCCGGCCCGCAACGCGGCGGUGGAACGGCGGAACCUGAUCACGGUCUGCAGGUUUUCAGUCAAGACUUUGAUUGACCGUUCGUGCUUUGAGACCAUCGACGACACCUCUCCUGAAUUUAACAAUUUUGCAGCCAUUCUGGAACAGAUCCUAAGCCAUCGACUCAAAGGUCAGAUCUCCUGGUUUGGCUACGAAAGCCCUCGUAGCUUCUGGGACUACAUUCGCGUAGCUUGCCGAAAGGUCUCCCACAGCUGCAUCUGCAGUAUUGAGAACAUGGAGAACGUCGGUUCUUCUAGAGCUAAGGGUCGGGCCUGGAUCAGAGUGGCUCUGAUGGAGAAGCACCUGUCUGAAUACAUCUCCACAGCUCUCAGAGACUUCAAAACCACCAGGAGAUUUUAUGAGGAUGGAGCCAUUGUCCUUGGGGAAGAAGCCAACAUGCUUGCUGGGAUGCUGCUGGGACUCAACGCCAUUGAUUUCAGUUUUUGUUUGAAGGGAGAGGGCUUGGAUGGCAGCUUUCCAGCUGUCAUAGAUUACACACCCUACCUGAAGUUCACCCAAAGUUCUGACAGCAUCAGCAGUGAUGAAGAAGAGCUGAGGACGCUGGGCAGCAGUGGCAGUGAAGGCAGCACUCCGGAGAACAUUGGUCCUCCUUUCAUCACAGAUGAGAACAGUUGGUACAACAAAUGCAAAAGAGUGGAGCAGAAGUACCGGCUGGCCUUGGAGCAGAAGGGCUACCUUGAAGAAUUGGUACGGCUCAGAGAAAACCAACUCUCUGAAUCUGUCUCACAGAAUAAACUGCUGCUCCAGAGAAUUGAAGAUAUGGAUCUAGCCCAUAAAAUGGAGAAGGAGCAGCUGGAAUAUAUCAUUGUGGAGCUGCAAGACCAGUUGUAA